UGCACGAGAAUAGUACAUAUUUGAAACAAUAUACAAUUCAAAGACAUAUUUGAAACGAUACAAAAAUUUUAACAAUUCACGUAACAUAAUUUUAGUUCUACGGCUAGAUACCUCUCACUCUAGAUUUUUGUAUAAAUUUGGAAAAUGAAAACCUUCCGACAGGAGAAAAAGUUUUUAUUUCCACUGCAGAAAAAAAACUGUAUUGUUUACUGUAAAAAAAUAUUACAGUCGUAUAGAUGUGAACAUUGUGGACAAUCGUCGGUCCGUAAGAAAUAUGACCGAGAUUCUAAUGGGGAUUGUUUUUUAAUGUCAUUGAGGAAAACACCGCAAGUUUGGAUUUAUCACCGCUGGCCUCACUUCUACCCUUACUACUUAGAUUUCCGACAUACAUUAAAGAGUUUUGGCACAUGCUGCAUGUUUUGUGCAGCUUUUCUGUUUUGGAUACCUUGUUUAAUCUGCUUCGAAUUAUGUCAGUGCUUAAUUUGUUGUUGUUGUUGCUCUGAUUGUUAAUUUAAUUACCAAAAUAUAAAUAUGUAGAUGGAUAAACUUUUAUUUAAAAUAAUGCUUAAAUUAAAUUAAAUCUUAUUUUUUCAAAUUACAUAAAUAAAACGAGCUCCCUCUUGAUCUGAUUUCGGCCCAAAGGUGGGACGAUAGUUUGCCCAGAAGAACCUAUUCAUGCUCGUCAUUAAAUAGGUCUGGGUUAAAUGCACUGGAAUAUAGACGCCGGCAGUGAUUUCCACUUCUUGGUGAGCAAAGAAGAUGACGAAAAACUUUUUUCUAUAUUCUGUGGCGAAAUUUGCUUUGCGCGGCGACUU